AUGGGCAUGCCGGCAGUUCCCCACCUGGAGGGCGGCUUCCAGCCCCCUACGCAACUGAUUCACAGCAACAGCGUGGAGCCCUUCUCCUUUGACAAUGACAACUGCCGGGGGCAGUUCCUGGCACUCCAUCGUCCGACCUACGACAGCAAGCUGAGCGAGUCGGGACAAUACCGUUUCGGAGAGCACUUCAAGGGCAAGAAGCGGCUUUGGGAACUACGCUUUCGGCUGCAGCUCAAGCGGCCAUUGAGCCAGACGGACCUUUUUUUCGGCGCCGAGCUUGAGGAGUACGUGCCCCUGAGCGCUGCCACCAAGCGCGCGAUGGACCUCUCAGUGUCGGGCAUGCGCCUGAUCGUGGGUGAUCGGCUGUACCACAGCCCUGGCGAUCCACCAGAUGUGGAGGGGGAGCGUGAGCGUCCAGCGAUCACCUUACCGCUGUGGGCCUUCGACCAGUUCAUUGUCACGCCGGAAGGACAAACCCCGCCGGAGCUCACCGAUUCGGAUCUGCCAAACCUGGGACACAAGCGCUACGGCCAGAUCCGGGAGUACCGCCGGAUGCUUGAUGCCUUGGAGUUGGUCCCAGGCCCCACUUUCACGUUCUGCUUGUGGGGCGUGAGUCGCUUCUGCGACGUCAUUCAGUGGCAGGCCACUGGCAUCCCGAUGUUCACACCUUUGGACCUGAACCAGUACUGCGGUAGACCCCCUCUGCACUUCGUCCUCUACACCAUAGCCGACCAAGGGGAGGCGGAGGAGAAGAGGCACCUCCAGUCGCGCAAGACCUACUUCUUCCGGUGUGGCUUCUGGAGCUCGCUCCGGCGUCCGGGCCCGGAUGUGGUGCGGCACUUCGCAGGGCGCUCGCUGGAGUUGAUCAAAGGCACAGGCAGGACACGAAAGAGCCAGCAAACUGCGGGGACAUCACAAGGAGUGUCACUGUUCGGCAUCAACCUCUUCCAAUGUUGCGUUGACCGGCCUGGCUCGUAG